AUGACCAAAUUUAGACCACCUCAACAAAUUCUAGAUGUGUUUUGGACGUUAUCUGACGGAAAUGAUGAUCAGAGGAGCAAUGGGGCAGUGAAGCUUGCUCGUUUGAUAAAGACUUUUGAGGAAAAUGAGAAGAAGGAAAUCCUCAAGUACUGUCAGGAGAGGCUGAUUCGAGGUCUUAGCUCAGGAAGGAGAUUUGCUCGUGUUGGCUUCUCUGUAGCUUUAGUUCAGCUGCUGCGGGAGAAUGAAGAUCUGGAUUCUGGCAAAAUUCUCUCCACCAUAAAAGAUAGACUGAAGAAUUUUGGACCUGAGAAGAAAUCCCAGUCCGAAAUUGGUGGAAUAUUUCUGGGGAAAGCUUUUGCAGUCUCUGCUCUCAUACAGUCAGGCAGACUUGCUCAGCUCAGUGGUGAUGUUUUGUCCUCAAUUGUUUAUGAACUUUUCAAAAUUGAAGACAGAAAAUCCUACCUGAAAGCUGUCUGUGAAACAGUAUUGCGGGAUAUAGUACAGCAGGUACCUGCUGAUGUUUUCGGAAGCCACAUUUGGCCAAAGAUUAAAGCCCGAAUGAAGAAAGGCUGGGAGGCUUGUACUCUGGACAGAGUUGCUCUUCUUCUGACUUGCAGAGCCAGAUUUCCGGAGGCAGUGAAGAAAAAGUUCUUGAGAAAAUACUGGGGGUUCCCAGUUUUGGGUGAAGACAAUGACACUAAUCUACUGACGGCAGUGUUGGAGUCAGUGCAGAGGCCAGAGAUCUUGAUGGACCAGAUUUUGCCUCAGUUGCUGGAGAGUGGACGGAAUAUUGCUUCAGUGUGGAAAGCUUUGGGGGAAAAACUGAUGGAACAGAUGUCAGAGAAGAAACUUAAGACCAUGGCUCAGAGACAACUGCUUGGCUUGAAAAUUGCAUCUGCACUUGUGGCUAGCACUGAUGAUGUUGACCAGGUGCUGGAUCUGCUGCUCAGCCCUGGACUGGCAAGAUGUAUCUUCCACACAGUCACCAACAGAAAUGACCCUGUAGCAACUGCAGCAGACGCCCUGUGCCAGGUGGUUUGCAAGAAGGUGGCUGGUGGACAGAUCCUUAGCUUCCUAGAGAAGAUAUGGAAGCUUGAAACAACAUUGCUAGAACAGGAACAUUCUGGAAGGAUUGACCUUGUCAAGUCCAAUAACUUUUUACAUCUUGUUAAUUUGCUCUCUAAAGAGGAGGCAGAAAGUUACAUCAAGAUUCUUGCAGCCAUGGUUAUGGAGAAAGACGAAUGGCAAGUCAUAUCAGACAACCUGGUUAAGAAAGGGAAACAAAUUGAAACAUGUCUGCGACAGCUGCAACACAUUUCAUCAUCACCGUUGCACAGCUCAACACUGGAGAUACAGCGUUCAGUUUUGUCUCUGUUUCUUCGAUUGGCUUAUUUCCGUGUUAGCAAAGGAACAAAAAAGAUUGAACAUUGUGAGAGCUGUGUCAACCUGCCAGAGGAUAGUGCAGCACGCAGACUGUCAGCAGCCUUCAUUCACAAGGUCCUGGACAGUGCCUUGACACUCUUCACUGGCCAGCAGAAGAAAUGGGAUCAGAUUUCCAAGUACUUGGAUUUAUUGUACAGUCUGGCUGUUUAA